AUGAAAAUACGUUCGCUAAUUAUUUUGACUCUCGUCGUGUCUUCGUGUGCAUUUCCAUCCCAGAAAAGGCAAUCGGAAGGUGAAGACCAUCACAUAGGAGAAUUGCAAGCAAGGGAUAACAGAAUCAGACAAAAACCUCGAGAUUGCAAAUCUAAGUGUGCGUCAAGUAUAGCGCAAAAAGCAGCAGCAGAAGCGAAAGCAGCUCAAGCGGCUCAAAACGCCGCCGGGGCUCAAGCAUCUCACAUGGUAAAGACUCAACUAGCAGAAAAAGCUCUGCAAGCGGCAAAAGCAGCAGAAGCAGCACUUGCCGGAAAACAAGCUGUUGUUGAACAAUUACAGCAAGAAGUUAAGGAAGCUGAAGCUGUUGUUGCAGAAAACACAGCUUCAGUACAUCAAAAUCAAGGAGCUUUGAACCUAGGUCAACAAGCAGCGCAACAGGCUGCUGCACAGCACAAGCUUUUGCAACAAGCAGCACAACUUGCAGCUCAAUUAGAGAAGGCAGCGAAUGGACUUCUCGAGAAACUAAAAACUGGUGUGCAAGAAAAAUGUCAUAAUUUAGCUGAAUCCCGAGCAAGAUUAGCUCAUCUUCAACAUAAGCUACAAUGUGCUUGCGCUGAAUGCGCAGCAACAAAACAAGCUGCACAUAGCGCUUGUGAAGCUGCUAGAGCUGCUUGUGGUAAUGCAAGAAAAAAGAAACAUGUAAUCGCUAAGAGAAAUGAUCUGAUACCGAAAAUAUCUAAACAUGGACGAUGA